GUUAUAGCCAACCAUUUCUCAGUCACUCUUGGUUGACUUUUCUUCCUAUUCUGUCAUCUGAUAUCUCUUUCAGUCAAUACUUCUUUUCAUUCCUAUUCUCGAAAAGGCCGGUGGGUUAUAAUAAUGCAGCCGCUUUACUCAUCUUCCUCUGCCGGAAAUGGAAAAGUUGUUCUCUGUUUGGCUGCUGCUGCUGCUUAUGUUCUGUGCUUAUUGUUUCAAGAAGGUGUUGCAGCAGAAAGGGAGCUUAUGGUUGGGUUUUACUCCCAAACAUGUCCUAAUGCUGAAUCUGUCGUGGCCUCUGUCGUCAAGGAAGCAUCCAAGAUCGAUCCAAGGGUGCCAGCCAUGUUGCUUAGGCUCCACUUCCAUGACUGUUUUGUUCAGGGGUGCGAUGGGUCCAUUUUGAUCACCAAGAAUGAUAUUAAUGGGCAAUUAAGUGACAAGGAAAGAAGUGCAUUUGGGCAUCAAGGCGUGGGCGGAGAUGAGGAGAUACAAAGAGCAAAAACGGUGUUGGAAGAUGAAUGCCCUGGCGUUGUCUCUUGUGCUGAUAUUGUCGCUUUGGCUGCUAGAGACGCUGUCGUCUUAGCUGGGGGGCUAUUUUAUGAGGUUGAGACGGGAAGGAUGGAUGGAAAGGUUUCCAAUCAGAGUGUUGCGGAUGAGAUUCUCCCGGAUGUAGACGAUAACAUAAAUGUUUUGAAAUCAAGAUUCAUGAACAAGGGUUUGGAUGAAAAAGACCUUGUGGUCUUAAGUGGCGCACAUAGUAUUGGAACGACGGCUUGUUUCUUCAUAUCCAAAAGAUUGUACGAUUUCAGUUCAAAGAGUGAUUCAGAUCCGUCCAUAAACCCGAACUUCCUAGGAACGUUAAUGAAAGAGUGCCCGAAAGGCGGAGACCUGAAUGUUCGAAUCCCGAUGGAUGUCCAAAGCGAUGAGACGUUCGACAACCACAUAUUCAUCAAUAUUAAGAAUGGAUUUGCAGUGUUAUCAUCGGACGCCAGGCUUUACGACGACGAGGUUACGAGGGCGGUGGUUGACUCCUAUGUUCAAACAAAUGACACCGCCGCCACUGCGCCGUUGACGUUUGAUGUGGAGUUUGGAUUGGCGAUGGUCAAAUUGGGAAGACUGGACGUGAAAUUGGGCGCCGAUGGAGAAAUUAGGAAAGUUUGUAAUUCAUUUAAUUCAUAAUCAGAAAAGAAUUUUUUUUUUGAAAGGAAAACUAGCACAUUAAAUUAAA